AUGGUUGCGAAUUCAGAGCGGCGUUUCCUGACCUUGCCGGCGGUGCCGCCGUGCGACGGCGUCUCGCCGGGGGCGCUUCUGCAGGCGCUGGUAGCGCUCGGUAGGGGCAUCAAGAGAUGUCAUCGGGUUCUGUCCUUCCCCACGCAGAGGAGGAUCGUGCGAGAGGUGGUGAGGGAAGUCGGCGUCUUGCUGGAGUUCUUCGAGGAGGUCUACGACAGGGACGGUGGCACCGCCGUCGACCUACCGGACUCCGCCAUCGUGAGCCUCUCCGAGAUCUACGUCGCCUUUCAGAAGAUACGGCACCUGGUGAGGGACUGCGGCCGCAGAGGGGCCCGGCUAUGGGUGCUGCUCAAGUCCGACUCGGUGUCGAGCGAGUUCCGUGUCCUGGUCCGGUCGGUCGCCACCGCCCUCGAUGUGCUUCCGCUGGCGGCAAUUGACGUGCCGGUGGAGGUCAAGGAGUCGGUGCGACUGGUGGCGGACCAGGCGUGGAGAGUCAACUUCGCGAAUGACCCCGCCGACGACCUUGUAUCGAAGGGGCUCCGCUCGAUACUGGCGCAAUUCGAGAAGGAAAUCCCCCCCGAUCGGGGUUCGAUGCAGCGGAUCCUCAAUCACCUGCAGAUCCGGAGCUGGACGGAUUGCGAUAAAGAGAUCCUGUUCCUAGAGGAAGAACUCGGCGCUGCCCUGAGCGUCGACGGCGGAUUGGUGGAGAUCUCCCUCCUCAGCGGCCUGCGCGGAUUCGUGCUCUACGCCCGCAGCGUCGUCUUCGAGGCCAAGGACAGCAGGGGAGCCGACAGCCUGGAUUGCAUAUUCGAAGAGAGGAUCCCGAACCAUCUGAAUUUGGAAGAAUUCAGGUGCCCAAUCACUCUGGAGCUCAUGAAAGACCCCGUCACGGUUUCCACAGGGCAAACCUACGACCGUUCGUCAAUCACCAAAUGGCUCGCCGCCGGCAACCGCACCUGUCCCGUUACCGGGGCGCCGCUGCAGACCACCGACUUCGUCCCCAAUUCCACCCUGCAGAAGCUCAUCCGGCAGCUCUUCCAGGAAGACAAGAUGCGAACUGGGGAUUCCGUCGACGACGGCCGGCGGCAAUUCAGCAAGAAUCUUCUCCCCGGGAUCCCCGCAGCGGCGGGAGCCAUCAAGCAGCUCUGCGGUUUCCUGGUCAACAAGCUGUCGAGUGGCUCGGAAGAUGAGAAGAUUAAGGCCGUCCUCGAGAUUCGAUUGCUCUCCAAGACAAACGUAUUCGAGAGAGGGUGCCUCGUGGAGGCAGGGGCGGCGCCAUGGCUUCUCGACCUCCACUACUCCCCCAAUUCCUCCCUGCAGGAUGGGGCGACGACGGCCGUGCUGAAUCUGUCGAAGCAUCCCAUGGGGAGGAAGGCCGUCUUCGAGUACAGGAGCUUGAGCCCCGUCCUCUACGCCCUCACCAAGGGGCUCAGAUCCGAAGCUCGUCAGAACGCCGCCGCCACCAUCUUCUACCUCUCCUCGGUGGAAGAGUACCGGAAAGCGAUCGGGGAAACAUCAGAGGUGAUCCCGGCACUGGUGGGGCUCCUCAAGAAGGGCUCCGUACGUGGGAAGAAGAACGCCGCCGUGGCCCUGAUCAGGCUCCUCUACUACCCCGGCAACCACCCGAAAGUGCUGGCGGCGGGGGCCAUCUCUGAGCUCGUCGACCUCCUUUCCUCCGACAGAGAGGACCUCGUCGGCGACUGCCUGGCGGUUCUAGCCGCUCUGGCCGAGCAACCCGAGGGCGCAUACGAGAUCCUACAGUCCUCCGCCGUGCAUUCCCUCGUCAGGAUCCUGAUCUCCCACUCCUAUCCGACGGGGAAGGAGUACUGCCUCUCCGUCCUGCAACACCUCUGCACAGCCGGCGGAGCGAAGGUGGUGACCCUCCUGGAAAAGGUCCCAUCCCUCGUCCCCGUGCUGCGUGUGGUUAUCUCCGAGGGCUCCUCCCGAGCUUCCAAGAGGGCCAGCUCAUUGAUCAGGUUGCUCCGCCAGGACCGCGCCUGCCCCGCCGUCCUCCCCCCCGCAGCUCAGAGAGAAGAUGCUGUCCGUGCCUGA